GCGGCGGGGCGGGGGAGAGGCCGGGUCCCGGUGCCGCUCGGAGCGCCUUUCCCUCCCGCGGGCCGGUGCUUUAUAUUUUUAGGGGAGCUUUUUUUGGAGGAUGAAAUUAUCCAGAAAGAAAAUUGGUGUCUAAUUUGAGCUGAAAAUGGACGUCUGAGCGUCUCUGCCCUUCAUCAUCCUCACGCUGGUGAACUCCCCCUACAAGCGAGGCUUCUACUGCAACGAUGACUCCAUCCGCUACCCCUACAAGGCAGACACCAUCACCCACGGCCUCAUGGCCGGGGUCACCAUCAGCUGCACUGUUUUCAUUAUCUCAUCGGGGGAGGCCUACCUGGUCUACACCGAGCGUCUCUACUCCAAGUCAGAAUUCAACAAUUACCUGGCUGCCCUCUACAAGGUGGUUGGGACCUUUCUCUUCGGGGGGGCCAUCAGCCAGUCCCUGACUGACCUGGCCAAGUACAUGAUCGGCCGACUCCGGCCAAACUUCCUGGCUGUCUGCAACCCUGACUGGUCCAAGGUGAACUGCUCCAUCUAUGUGCAGCUGGAGAACGUCUGCCAGGGAGAGAGCAGGAAUGUCACCGAGUCCAGACUGUCCUUCUACUCGGGACACUCUUCCUUUGGGAUGUACUGCAUGAUGUUCCUGGCGCUCUACGUGCAGGCCCGCCUGGUGGGGAAGUGGGCCCGGCUGCUGCGUCCCACCAUCCAGUUCCUCCUCAUCGCCUUCGCCAUCUUCGUGGGCUACACGCGGGUGUCCGACUACAAGCACCACUGGAGCGACGUGCUGGUGGGGCUGCUGCAGGGCGCUCUCAUCGCCGUCCUCAUCGUCCACUACGUCUCCGACUUCUUCAAGCAGCGUCCCCCGCGGCAGCGCGAGGAGAAGGACCCGGAGCGCAAGCCCAGCCUGCCCCUCACCCUCAGCGACCCCGACCACAAUCACUACAGCUACCGGGGUGCCCCGUGAGCCCGGGUGCAGCCCUGCCCCUCGCCGUGCUCCGGGGACAGCUGGCUCUGUACUGACCGUGGGCUCUGGUGCCUCUGGCUGACACUGGCUGACAGCCCUGCCUGUCCCGCUCCCGCGGUGCCGCGGCGCCUGGCUCCCCGUGCCCGUGGUGCUGCCGCUGCCUGGUGAUGCCAGCGCCCUGCCCGUGGGGAGGGGAUGUCCUCCCCCACCGUGUCCUCCCCCCCUGUUUGUCCGAGUCACGCCCCAAGGCUGCCGUCCCAGCCCUUCGUGCGAGGGAGGGAGGGGAGGGCGGCACGUGGGGGUGGAUUUAUUGGGCUGGCAGAGCACACUGAGCCAAGAGCAAGCUCCUUGGGAAGGCUGAGGCUGCCUGGGCCGAGUGUGUGUUGUCCCUGUCAAAUUAUCCAGCCAUACAAGUACAAAUCCUCACAGGCGCAGAGGGAGCAGGACAGCUUCUGGGCUGGCUAGAGUGUUUUGGAAAGGAUUAAAGCAAUCCAGAGCUCUUCUCUGCUCCAUUGAUUACCUUUAAGAGCAGUCCUGCCCGCCAGCAGCUGCUGUGAGCAAAAGGUGCCUGGGCAGGCUCUUCUCUGGCUGUGCCCAGCUCUGCAGUGCUGGGAGCCAGAGCUGUUUGCCCCCUGCCUGCUUCAUGCCUGCCUUGGGCACGGGGCUGCUGCUCCAGCCUUUGUCCCUCCUGCAGCUUCAGCUGAUGCUUUAGGGUGUGUGGCGGGGCUAGGGAGACAUUUUCUGUGGUAAAGGAAAAUAAAUGGGGAUGUGGAGCUGUCCAAAUGUCCUGGGAAAGUGGGGGCAAUGGGUACAGAGCAGUCCCAUCACUGACACGUGGCUGCCUCCAGCACUGGAGUGCUGUGGGUCUCUUUUUAAAAUACAUGCAUUUUCAUUACGAUGUUGUUUUUAAAUUAGAUCAUCCUUAAAGAA